GUAUAGUUUGUCCUGGACAUAAUCCUUUAUAAACUAUAACGGCGUUGCGUCAUUCUUUUAGAAUACUUUUUCGUGAAUCCGAGAAAUUUAAUACGACGCUAAUCGACUAUACUAUCAGUUGCUGUUCCUCGACCGUUUCUCUUCAGUUCCCCCAUUCUUCAUUUCAGCGGUGGCGUCUGUUCUUCAGCGGUUUCAGUGCCGACCAGGUAACCGUUGAUGACGCGCGUGGCCGUCGCGAACGCUGUUCUUUUGUUAUCUCUUCAUUCGGCCGCCCUUGAUCUUUCGACCGAUCUUCGUUUGUCUUCGUUUUAUUGGUCGCUCACGCCGUACGUGCCGAAAUUAGCAACUGCCCGUUGUGACCGGUGGAGUUCUUUUUGUUGGAUUACGUUUCGGAAGACCCAGCGUGAGGUGGAGAUAUACACCGCGACUGCUAUGAGGAUUCCAAAGAAACUUUGUUAAUGCGAUUUUUGAAUAGCCUAAGGUUAGUAGAACUG